AUGCCUAAUGUCAAGAAUGUUGUUUUCUGUCUAACUGACUUCCCAUUUAUUGCAAAAGUCAAGAAAAACGCACGAAGAAAGGGUAGGUCGUAUACAGCAUAUGGUCAAAAAUGGGAAGAAAUUCACGAAAAUAACGUUAGAAUCGUUUUAGCGUCUUCUGCUCUUCCUACAUUCAUGUCUCACGAUCUUGCACUCUCAGAGCUGAAAUUUGAUUUCAAUGAACCUUACUCCAAAGUCAGAUUACUGCCACUACUUCAUCUUGCCAAGAUAGCACUUUUGGACCAAACCCAUUUAAUCGGAUCAUGUUCGCACGCCAGACUACUUGCCUUCAAAGUUCUGCUAUUAUGGCAAAAGAUUCUUCGUGAACCUUGUACAGCCCUCAGAGAUCGUAUGGAUAAUAUCGCAGAGAAGAUAGAUUUUAGUGAAUUGGACCAUGAGGAGGAAGUGCAAUAUUGGUUGGAGAGGGCUAAUGCGCAUUUGAUUUACUACAGCUAUGAGAAAUGCUCGGAGUGCAUAAAACGAGCAUUGGAAAUUUCCGGUCUGAAUAUGGAACUGGCAGGGAAAAUGGGUAAACGAACACGUUUUCAAAAGAAUGACAUCGCUCAGCUUGUUUUGAACACGGUAAAUAUUCUCAGUAGAUUUCUAAUAUAG